GCGGUGGCCGCGCGCGCCGAGUGCCCCUGGCCGCGAGACAUGGCAGACCUGCACGGCUCGUGCGUCUGCGCUUACAACGCCGCCACCCAGCUCUCCGUGCAGUGCCAGUUCGUCGACUUCAGCCGGCUGCUGGGCGCGCUGCGGGCGGCCAUCCCCAACCAGGAGCUGGACCUGCUGUACGUGACCAAUAGCACCAUCGCCAGUUUGCCCAACAACGUGUUCGCCAACAUCCCCGUGCAGAACAUCCAGUUCUCCGACUGCGACCUGGAGGCGAUCGCCGACGGCGCGUUCUCGGGGCUCGAGUCGCGGCUGCGCAACAUCAACCUGGCCGGCAACAGCCUGACGGAGGUGCCGACCGGCGCGCUGCAGAAGCUGAAGCGACUGCAGUUGGUCGACCUCUCCAAGAACCGCAUCACGCUGGUGCCCGACGACGCGUUCAAGACGCUGUCGCUUGCACAGCUCAAGCUGGCCGACAACAACCUGACGGUGAGCGCCGACGCCUUCAGCGGCCUCGAGAAGACGCUCAAAAACCUCAAUCUGAAGGGCACGGGCCUGCGGACGCUGCCGGACGGCAUCGAGCGCCUCUCCAGCCUGGCCUUCCUCGACCUGGCACAGAACAGCAUCACGCAGCUGCCGCCGCGCGCCUUCGCCGGCCUCGAGUCGCUGACGGCGCUCAACCUGGAGCGCAACCUCAUCCAGGUGCUGGACGGCACCGUGUUCGAGGGCGUCAACAACACGCUCAGCUCUCUCAGUUUGCUCAACAACCUGAUCGCCGACUUCCCGACCGAGGCCAUGGCCAUCAUGGGCCGGCUGCGGGUGCUCGACAUCGGCUUCAACCUGCUGACGCAGCUGCCGAAAGACUGCCUGCUGGCGAUGCGGUCGCUGACGCUGCUGGCACUGGACGGCAACCCGCUGUCUACGCUGCCCGAGGCGGCGUUCGAUCACCUACGCGCCACACUGCGCGGCCUCAGCCUGGGCGGCCGCUUCCUGACCUGCGACUGUCGCAUCCGCUGGAUCGCCCGCUGGAUCCGCGACACCGACCUGCAGGUCACCAGCAGGGAGCGCAACCCGCAGUUCUGCGGCAGUCCGCCCGAGUUCCGCGACCGCACCUUCUACCAGCUGAACGCCGAGGAGUUCGUGUGCGCGGACGCGACUACCCAGGGUCGGCCGCCGUCCUCGUCUGUAGAGACGACAACGGAGCGUCGGCGGACGACGGAGCGUCGACGAACGACGGCGCGUCGCCUCAUCUUCAAACCAGAGACGUUCGCCGGCGCCGGCGGCGCCGCGUCGCGCAGCAGCCCGUUCGGCGAGGAGGUGCGCGUGCAGGACGCGUACCGUCGCGGCAGCGCCGUCGUCAUCCAGUGGGAGUCGGACGUGCCCAACAUCCUCGGCUUCCGCGUGGUGUACCGCCUGUUCGGCGACGACAUGUUCAAGCAGGGUCCGCCGCUGGCGCCCUCCGAGAAGGAGUUCAAAAUCAAGAACGUGCCCAGCCAGGAGUGCAUCGUGGUGUGCGUGGUGUCGCUGGAGGACAUCGACAUCUCGCCGGAGACGGUGCCGCCGCGCCAGUGCCGCGAGAUCCGCACCGACGCCGCCGCGCCCACGCACAUGGACACGUUCGUGAUCGCGGCCAGCGCCGCCAUCUGCGGCACCAUCAUCAUAGCCGUGGUCGUGUUCGUCUGCUGCAACCGACGGCGCGCCGCCGACCGCAAGCAGCCGCUGCCGAGCGUGCUGCCGGCCACGCCGGCGCCGCCGCUGGCCAGCAUGGGCACGCUGCGCGGAGCCAAGGACUGGGACCAGCUCUCCAUGUACAGCCACCGCAGCAUCCCACGCGCCCGCAUGUACCACAUGGACAGCAAGGGCGGCGCCGGCAGGGACGCCUUCUUGGCCGACGAGGUGCGCUCGCAGGCGUCGCGCGCCUCCUGGCGACGCCGCAGUCUGGCCGACGGCCAAUCGCUGCGCAGCUACUCGGCCAUGUCGGGUCACUUCCCGGCGCACAGCGGCGGCGGCGCCGGCGGCCCGGGCCUGGCGCUGCCCCGACCAGGUUCGGCCAGCUCGUCGCGGAGUUUGUGGCAGGAUGCCUUACUUAGUGACCUGUGCGGGCCGCAGCAUGACAUACCCCUGUAGAGCGCGCGCGCCGCUCUCGCCCCCUGGUGAGCUGCGCACCUCCCGCACCUCGCUGGCCUCCG